AUGCCGGUAACAACAAUCCCCCACCCUAGCUCCUCCUCUUCGGCCUCUUCUGCUACGUCCGCCACACCCUCGACAAAACCUGUCUUCUUCUGGAAACCAAACGAUGGCCACGGCUACCUCUCCCAAUGGUACUGGUCCAAGUUCACCGUCGACAACGAAACCUACGCACAAGCAGAAAUGUGGAUGAUGGUACAAAAAGCGCGUUGCUUCGGCGACGAAAAGAUUGCAAAACAGAUGCUAGAGACUACGAAUCCGAAGGAACACAAAGACUUGGGACGACAGGUUAGGGGGUUUGAUGCAAAGGUUUGGGAUGAACGUAAACUGGAGAUUGUGACACAGGGUACAUAUCACAAGUUCACCAUCAGUGAUGAUGCAGAAAAUCUGAGGCGCAUGCUGCUAGCUACUGGUGAGCGUGAGUUGGUUGAGGCUAGCCCUUCCGAUCGCAUUUGGGGCGUGGGGUUUGCGGAGAGAAACGCACCGAGGAAUCGGGAGAGAUGGGGACAGAAUCUGCUGGGAAGGGCAUUGAUGGAUGUUAGAACGCGGUUGAGAGAGGAGGGGAAGAAGCAAGACUACCAACUGUACACGCAUUUUUACGCUGUCAGGACAAAGCGCGCAUGCCGCUAUCUCUCUGAGAUGUCUACAAUGAUUACGUUCGCUGCGAAUAACGAGUUUUUCCGGAAGCGCAAAAGAGUCCACCGCGCGUGCGAAUCAUGCAAGAAGCGGAGAAAGCGUUGCUCACAUACGUUCGAUGACGAGGCCGAACCCGGAAGCAAUACCCAAAGUGGUGGCGGAAGCAAUCCGACAUCAACAGAAAGCCCUACAACAAAUGGACACUACCAUCCUCAUGAUCCCAGGGGUGCCCGUGGAGAUUACGGCCAUGCUCAAUCCACAAUGCCGCCGCCGCAAAGCCCGGCCUCGGAUCAUACCGCCCCAACACCACCCAACUUUCUAGGCUACCUCAAUCCCGAAGCUGUCUUGCGAGAGCAAGUUCACUCUGAACGCGGAAAAACUGCUCAGUCACCCAACCACCCUCCAAUAGGACAAUGGAUCGAAGAACGAGACCAAAGACCAGCGUCGACUCAAGCGGGAUCAAGCUCUUCACGGAUUGUAGAAACAGGUCCACAUUCCAACCAAGGGGAUCAAAUAUCUAGGGCUCUUCUGACUUACCUAGACGCUGUUGGUGUUGACAUCUUACCUUCUCGCAUAAAUCAAACGGCUCUUCUCGAAAUAUACUUUAGCUACGUACACCCACUACUUCCACUUGUUGACAAGGAACUAUUCUACGAGCAAUAUAACUAUGGCCGAGAACCGCGGAUCCUGAUGCAAGCGAUCUGUAUCGUGGCAUCAAAACAUGCAACAGCUGCCAAACAUCUGUGUCUAGGGAAUGACACCCAACCGCUCAAUCCACGCGAGUUCUCUCAAAGGCUCUACAAUGCGGUCAUUGUUGGUAUCGAAGCAAAGCUGGAGAAGAAUCGCGUCGUGCUCAUCCAAGUACUUGCUCUGAUAUCACUCCAUUGCGAAGGUCCAGAAGGCGCUGAGCAAUCUUCAAUGCAUCUGGCACAAGCAAUACACCAUGCGCAUACGUUUGGCCUCCAGUUUGGACACCAAUGGAAGAAUCAAAGCUCAGAAUCCCAAGGAAAUCUGGAAGACGUCUUCUGGUGUUUGUGGAGUCUGGACAAGAUCAAUGCAUGUAUGAACGGGAGGCCAUUGCUAAUGCAUGAUCGCGACAACAGCUUGAGACAGCUACCCUCAGACCCCGAGAAGCGAUCCAGUCCGUUUGGUAUAUGGCUACAGAUUUCCGAGAUGCUGGAUAAGGUCAUCGACUACUACAGGCCUGGUAGAGCUGCCGAGGAGACAGGAUGGGAGGGCGACGACUUCUUAGGCUUUGAGGAGAUGGUGGGAGACGGCGAAGAUAAGCUUGAUGGUCCUAUCAUGAGCCUCUUAUCACUUUUCCACCACACCAUGUGCAUGGCCUCGCACAAGUCCCUCUCUAUCAACGCGCCUGUCAAAUCGACACCGUCUUACGUCCGACAAAGUCUUUCAGCAACGCGAGUAAUUCACCUUCUCAACGCUGAAUCUCCUGAGCUACUGCCACCCCUCCCCAUCGUACCCUACGCGCUAGGCGUAGCUCUCAGUGUAGUAUAUCGUCACUUCCGGUCUCGCCGCUUAAAGGUCCAUGUCAACCGCGCCACUGAAGAACUCAAGCAGUGUGUCCGCCUCCUCGAUCGCUUACGAAACGCAUGGUGGUCUGCAGGCACGACGGCGGACCUAGGACGAGCCGUGCUCAGCAACGCUGCAGGACGCAACACCAAUGCUGUCAAUACGCCUGUACCUGCCCCAGUAGAACCCCGUCAAACUGAGCCAAAGACCGAGCCGCCAACGCCGCAAGCUACACAUAGCCAACUGCCACCACAAAAUCAGUCGCAACCAUGGUCACAGAAUAUGGGUGAUACACCUAUUGAUCCUCGACUCCAGCAACAACAGAAUCACCCUCAUGCCAACUCGCCCAUGACUAGUCUUCUCAACCCAAUACCUGCCCCUACGCCCGGUCAACACCCGACAAGUAGCGAGCGUGCAGAUCGUGCGCCUAUGGCGGGUCCGCCUGCCGGCUUUGGUUUUGCAGAACAAUCACCAGACUGGCUUAACUUCGACGCGGCGUUUGAGAACUUUGAGGGACUCUUGCCGGAUGAUCAAGAACUAGGAAAAGACAAAAACGCUCGACUAGCUCAUCAAAGCUACUCACGACUAAAGAGAAGUUACCAAUGA